GUAGCUGCUGACGCUGGUUUCCAGUCCGCACCCUCCCGGCUGCUGGAACGAUUCCUCCCUCUUCUGGAGCCUGAAUGUCAGCCUGGAUGUCUUUCCUCACCGUUUACCUACCGCAACAGAUGUCUGAGCGCAAGCCAGCUGAGUAGAGGACUUUCCUCUUCACCCCAACGUUCCACCUGCAGCCAUGAAUGGCAGUGCCAGUGUUUGGGCCAUCACGCCAGAGGAGAGAGGGAAACAUGACAAACAGUUUGACAACCUCUCCCCAGUUCUUGGCUACGUCUCAGGAGAACAAGCAAGAAAGUUCUUCCUCCAGUCUGGCUUGCCGCCUUCAGUCUUGGCUGAGAUUUGGAACUUAGCUGACAUGGACUAUGAUGGGAAGAUGGAUAGAUUGGAGUUUUCAAUCGCUAUGAAGCUAAUUAAACUUAGGCUUCAGGGGCAAAAUCUGCCCUCCGCCUUGCCAGUCAUCAUGAAGCAAACUCCUACUUCCAAUAAUAAUACAAGCAUCCCUUCAUCAGCACGAUUCGGAAUGGGAUCUAUGCCAAAUCUAUCAGUUGGUUUGUCAUCCAUGCCAACUAUGUCCACCAUGCCCAUUCUAACACCCAUACCAGCUAACCUCCAUUUACCCUCUGUACAACCCCUGGUGCCAAUGCCAAUGACCCUGCCAUUGAUUACCUCACUCGGAAAAUCUGGGCUAACCAACGGCACCAUCAACCUCUUCACCCCAUCACUUGUUCCCAACAACGCAGGCCUUCCUAUCUCUGGCUUUUCCUCUCCUAUGGCUUUCUCUCCAACCACGGGCAUGUCGAAGGCCAAUUCUCUUCUGGACCUGGGGUCAAGCAGUUCUAAUUCUUCCUCCACCACAUCAUUGACCAGCAACUCUCCGAUGAUGGGCGCAGGUGAUUGGGCCGUUCCACAGGCCUCGAGACUGAAGUACCGUCAGCAGUUCAACACACUCGACAAACUCAUGAGUGGCUACUUGUCAGGACCUCAGGUCAGAAACUCACUGAUUGCAUCAAACCUGACCCAAACUCAACUUGCUACCAUCUGGAGCCUGGCAGAUGUCGAUAAGGAUGGUCAGCUUCGUGCUGACGAGUUCAUUCUGGCCAUGCACCUGGUGGAUAUGGCUAAGACGGGCCAUCCUCUCCCUCUCACGUUGCCUCAGGACCUGGUACCUCCCUCACUCAGAGGAGGAAUAAAGUCCUGUGAGCUUGUUAAUGGAACAGGACCCUACAUGACUCCCAGUUUAAUAGACUCAACCGAGGCAGAACCUGUACAGAAGAACAAGAGCAGUGUGUCCUAUGAGGACAAGCUAAAGGAAAACUUUGCGAGAGGCAGCGCUGAGCUAGAGAAAAGACGGCUGGCUCUGGCCGAGGAGCAGAGGAAGGAGCGGGAGAGGAGAGAUCGGGUGGAGCGGGAGGCUCAAGAGCAUAGGGAAAGGGAGGCCAGGGAGCUGGAGAACCGGAGAAGGCUGGAGGAGGAGAGGCGGUUGGAGAGGCAGAGGGAGAUGGAGAGACAAAGGGAGGAGGAGAGACAGAGGGAGCUGGAGAGGAAGGAGGCAGCAAAGCAGGAGAUGGAACGUCAAAGGAGGGAAGAGUGGGAGCGAAGAAGGAGAGAGGAGCUGGGAAGGAGGAAAGAGGAGGAGCAGGAGGAGAUUUCUCGACUUCGGGACAAAAAGAAGAGUCUGGAAUUGGAGCUAGAGGCAGUGGGCAACAAGCACAAGCAGAUCUCAGACCGCCUCCGUGAUGCUCAGAGCAUGAGGCGGAUUCAGAAAGCGGAGGUCGACCUCAUCAAUCAGAAGAGAGACGCACGCAUUGCUGAGAUUAACACACUUCAGCUUGAAUUCGAGGACUGGCAGAGGAAGCUCUCUCAGCUUGUUCCAGAACAACAGCGUCUGACUGAGAAGCUGCGAAACAUCAGCCUCAAUAAACUCCCCUCCGUGACUCUGACCUCCCUGACGGGCAGCGUGACAGAGAAGAGCGUGAACUGCCGCAGGCUGAAGGAUCAACUCGGCAUUCUGGAAAAAGAAACAACAGACAAGCUUGCUCAAAUGGAGCAAUACAACAAAGAUCUGAAGCUUGGGGAUAUGGAUGACUGUGUCCUGCGAGGCCUUCUCUCCCUGCUGGCCUGCCUCAGCCAGCUCUUCCUUCUCAUCAAGGAGCUGAGGGAGAAGCAGGUGAUGCAGCAGGCUGUCCUGGACGACCUGCACAGAGUCAAAGAGGAUAAACUGAGGGAGCUGCAAAGGCGCAGGGAGGAGGAGAGAGAAAGGAAGAGGAGGGAAGAAGAGGAGGCAGCCAGACAGGCGAAGCUGGAGCAGGAGAGGAGAGAGCAGGAGCGGAGGGAACAAGAAAAAAAGGAGAGGGAGGAGGAGGAAGCACGACAGAGGAGGAUCCUGGAGGAGCAGCGGGCCAAGCAGAGGGAAGAAGAGGAGAGGCAGGCGAAAGCUCGCCUCCAAGCUGCUCAGGAGAAAGCACAGGAAGAGGAGAGAAGAAGGAGAGAGGAGAAGGAAGAGGAGGAGAAGAAGAAAAAGGAGCUGGAGGAGGAGAGGAUAAUCAAAGAAGAGGACAAGGAGCUGCAGAGGAGGAAAGAAGAGCAGGAAAGAGGAGGACAGCAGCUAACUCCAUACAGAGCUCUAUACUCCUUUGUAGCCCGCAACGCAGAUGAGCUGAGUAUAGACGCAGACGGGCUAAUAGAGGUGGAUGAGCACACUGUCGGAGAGCCUGGUUGGUUAUGUGGGAGUUACCGUGGAAACAGGGGCUGGUUCCCCCAGAGUUACGCAGAGAAAUGUCCCUCACCGGCCACCUCAGAGACGGCUCAGUCAUCACCUGGAAAAAUGUCCCGUCUGCCCCCUACAUUAAAGAUAAGACACCCAGGUGAGGAAGGAGCAGGUGACAACAGAGUGUCUGUUUUUUCAGACCCUUCACAGUCGAUCGCUCUGCUCGCUCGGGCUGUCUCUUCAUGGUCCACCACCUCAGAAAACAACCUUUGUCCUUCCUCUGACGCGAGCGGCACCUUGCUGAGCUUCUCGCAAGGUGACAUCAUCAGUGUGCUGCAACAGAGGGACGACUGGUGGUUUGGACAGCUGAACGGAACGCAGGGAUGGUUCCCCAAAAGUUACGUCACUUUGGAGCCUGCUGGAAACUCAGACCUGGAUGUGCUGGACUCAUCUGACUCUGCUCAGCUGGAAGAGUACGUGGCCUUGUACACAUACGAGAGCCCAGAGACGGGCGACUUGACAUUUGUCGAGGGGGAUGUUGUCAUGGUGACGGAGAGAGAAGGAGAGUGGUGGCGCGGAUGCAUUGGUGACCAGACAGGAGUGUUUCCCUCCAACUAUGUCCGGCCUGUGGAGCCAGAGGGGUCAAGACCUGGAGUUUCAAGCAAGAAACCUGCAGAGCUUGCUCAGGCCGUCACCACCACCGAGGCCCCCACGGUGCAUCAGCUGCAUCUGUCUCCAGGACAACUGAUCGUGGUCAGGGCCAAGAACUCCACUGGCUGGUGGCUCGGAGAACUGCAGGUUCGGGGUAAAAAGCGUCAGAAAGGUUGGUUUCAUUCGUCUCAUGUGAAGCUCCUGGGCCCGUCCAGCAGCAAGUCGUCUCCCUCCCCUCUGCCAGUUUGCCAAGUUAUCGCAAUGUACGACUACACUGCUGCCAAUCAGGAUGAGCUGAGCUUCUCCAAGGGUCAGCUCAUCAACAUCCUGGACAAGACCAACCCCGACUGGUGGAAAGGGGAAACCAACGGGGUCACGGGCCUGCUGCCCACCAAUUACAUCAAGAUGACAACAGAAUCAGACCCCAGCCAGCAAUGGUGUGCGGACCUGAUGACUCUGGACACGAUGACCCCUCAGGAGAGGAAGCGACAGGGCUACAUCCAUGAGCUCAUCCAGACCGAGGAGACCUACGUGGAGGAUCUGGAGCUGGUGCUGGAGGUGUUCUACAAGCCCAUGUCUGAGUCCGGUCGUCUGACAGAAGCUGAGAUGACAGCCAUCUUUGUUAACUGGAGGGAGUUGAUUAUGUGCAACACCAAGCUGCUCAAGGCGCUGCGUGUGCGUAAACAGAUCGGAGGGGAGAACAUGCCCGUCCAGCUGAUCGGAGACCUGUUGGCCUCGGAGCUCGCUCACAUGCAGCCGUACAUUCGCUUCUGCUCCUGCCAGCUCAACGCCGCUGCCUUGCUGCAGAGCAAAACCCACAACCAACCUGACUUUAAAGACUUCCUAAAGAAGAUUGCCACUAACUACCGCUGCAAAGGAAUGCCACUGUCCAGCUUCCUCCUGAAGCCCAUGCAGAGAAUCACUCGCUACCCUCUGCUCAUCAAGAAUAUCUUGGAGCACACAGCAGAAGGCCACGCAGACCGUGAGCCCCUGCGAGUAGCUCUGGAGCGGGCCGAGGAGCUGUGCCUUCAGGUCAACGAGGGAGUCAGAGAGAAGGAGAACUCGGACCGGCUGGAAUGGAUCCAGAACCACAUCCAGUGUGAGGGCCCUAUAGAGCACCUUAUCUUCAACUCGUUAACAAACUGCCUCGGGCCUCGCAAGUUGCUCCACAGCGGUCGACUGCACAAAAGCAAAAGCAGCAGAGAGCUGUGGGCCUUCCUCUUCAACGAUUUCCUCCUCCUCACGCACAGCGCCAAACCUUUCUCCUCCUCUGGAUCAGAGAAGUUAUUCAGCUCCAAAACCAACGUGCAGCUCAAGAUGUACAAAGUGCCGCUGUUUCUGAACGAGGUUCUGGUGAAAAUGCCACCAGACCCGUCGAGUGACGAGCCCCUUUUUCACGUCUCACACAUCGAUCGGGUCUACACGCUCAAAACCGAGACGUUAAGCGAGAGGACUGCGUGGGUCCAAAAAAUUAAAGCAGCUUCUGAAAAUUUCAUAGAGACGGAGAAGAAGAAGAGAGAAAAAGCCUAUCAAGCGCGCUCCUUAAAGACCAGUGGGAUCGGCCGACUGCUGGUGACGGUCAUUGAUGCUCAGGAGCUCAAGGCCUGUAAGCCCAACGGUAAGAGUAACCCGUACUGUGAGCUGACCAUGGGGGCUCAGUGUUACACGUCUCGGCCAGUCAGCGACACUCUGAACCCCAAGUGGAACUUCAACUGUCAGUUUUUCAUCAAAGACAUCUACCAGGACGUCCUGUCCAUCACUGUGUUUGAGAAAGACCAGUUCUCACCAGACGAUUUUCUGGGUCGAACCGAGGUUCCCGUGGCAACCAUAAAGAAAGACACGGAAGGCAAAGGAGCAGCGAACCGUCGCCUACUUCUGCACGAAGUCCCAACUGGAGAAGUGUCAGUCAAACUGGACCUCCAGCUUUACGAGCCGAGCAAAUGAGCACCAACCGUUAGAGGUUUAUUUGAUUUUAAAUGUGCGCUGAAAGUGCCUGAGUUCAUUAAAAUAGUCAGAAUAAUUACUUCCACGAGCCAACCAGACGUUUUAUCACUGACCGCCAUCCAGCCGAAACAUAAAGAGCUGCUGAAUCAGAAUCUUAAAAAGAGAACUUUAUAUUCUAGUUUUGCUAAAUGGCUGGGGUUUGUCAAAUUUAUAUAAACACGUUAAUAUGAUGUGUUGUUUUAUUACCACUAAUGCAGGAAUUAUUAUACCUGCUGUAUAGUUCCACUCUGCCUCAGGUGUACGUUUGGAGAGCACAACUUUACACUGUAAUCCUGAUAUGAAGGGGUUUGAUGAUAAAAAAUGUCACCGAAUCCUGAAAGUGGCUUAAAUAAAAUAUGUAUAAAUUA